UAAGCUUUAAAACAACAAUUCAACAAUUUGCCGAGCUUGACUUGGCUGGUUCAGUAAUUCCAAUCAGAGUUGUUUUAGCCGCUUAGCAAGUUGGACGUGUAAUUUUGCUGCAAAAUAUAUUCGUCGCUUGUUUUGAGUUUGGUUCGCGUGUUUUUCUCGUUGUUGUCCCCCGCUAUUGCCGGCCCGUAAUCUCAAGCCUCCCCGCGGCGUUCAUGUUUUCAACACAGUAAAAAAGCAGUAACCGAAAGCGAAACCGUCGCACCCGCAGCACAGACUGAUAUAAUUAUGGCCAAUUUCGAUGAUACAUUGCAGCGUGCACGCCUCGCAUUCGCUAGCGGCAAGACCAGGAACGUAAGCUUUCGACGCAAGCAACUGGAGAAUUUGCUGCGCUGUUAUGAGGAGCACGAGAAUGAGAUUAUUAGCGCAUUGGAAGCGGAUUUGCGUCGUCCCAAGCAGGAGAGUUUAAUAGUGGAAACGGAAUUCAUGAAGAAUGAUAUUAAGCAUAUACUAUAUCAUCUCGAUGACUGGGUGAAGCCAGAAAAACCUUCAAAGUCCUUUGUCAACAUGCUGGAUGAUGUGCAAAUCUUCAAUGAUCCCUUUGGUGUUGUGCUGGUCAUUGGCGCCUGGAAUUAUCCGCUGCAGUUGCUCUUGGUCCCUGUGGCUGCAGCCAUUGCCGCUGGCAACUGUGUGGUACUCAAGCCCAGUGAGAUAGCUGCUAAUUGCGCCAAGUUUAUAGCUGAAACUAUACCCAAAUAUUUGGAUAAUGAAUGCUAUCCUGUCAUCUGUGGUGGACCCACCGAAACAAACGAGCUGCUAAGCCAACGUUUUGACUACAUCUUCUAUACAGGCUCAACACGUGUCGGCAAAAUUGUGCACGCUGCAGCAAACAAACAUUUGACGCCUACAACGUUGGAGCUGGGCGGCAAGAGUCCUUGUUAUAUAGACAAAUCCGUGGAGCUGCGCACAGCUGUUAAACGCAUUCUAUGGGGAAAACUCAUCAAUUGUGGACAAACUUGCAUUGCACCAGAUUAUAUACUCUGCUCUAAGGAGAUGCAGGAUAAAUUUAUAGCCGAGGCAAAGGAUGUGCUUAAGGAGUGGUAUGGCGACAAUAUACAAAACAGUCCGGAUCUUAGCCGUGUUAUCAAUCAAAACAACUUUCAACGUCUACUGGGUCUGAUGAAGUCCGGACGUAUUGCCGUCGGUGGCAAAUUUGAUGCCAGCGAGCGUUUUAUUGAGCCCACCAUUUUAGUGGAUGUCAAGCCCGAUGAUCCAAUUAUGGAGGAGGAGAUUUUUGGCCCCAUCUUGCCCAUGUAUACAGUAGAGAAUGCCUAUGAUGCCAUUAAGUUUAUUAAUUCCAGAGAAAAGCCACUUGUAUUGUACGUGUUCUCAAACUCUUCGAAGUUAGUUAAAGAGUUCAAGAAUAACACCACUAGCGGCGGAUUUUGCAGCAACGAGACUAUUAUGCAUGUUGCAGUUGAUGCACUGCCCUUUGGCGGCGUUGGCAUGAGCGGCAUGGGCUCCUAUCAUGGCAAAUAUGGCUUUGAUACCUUUACACACAAAAAGUCCUGCCUGGGCAAAAAUCUUGCAUUGCUGGGCGAAAAGAUGGCAUCUGCACGUUAUCCGCCGUAUUCAGAUGCCAAGAGCUCACUGCUUUCAUUCCUGUUGCGCAAGCGCCGGCCGCUGCCCAAUCUGCAUUUGUCGCAUCUUUUAGCUAUCGGCGUCGGCGUAGGGGCUACGUUGUUGAUCAACUUUUAUAUGCAGGUAAGAAAGGGCAAGCUGUUGUCGCGCUAGAAUUUUUGGAUGUACGUAUCGUGAGCCAGUGGACCUCUGUUAUUCUCAUAUGGGAUCUAUCAAAGUAUAUGCACCACAUUAAGUUUAAUGAUGUUUAUUUUUUGUAUUACUUUUUGGGCAUUGCUUAGUACCAUUUUAAUACACAUAACACACACAAACUAAUCCACAAACGUUAAGUU